GGGAUCGCCACCUGCAUUUGGCCCUACUAGCCCAGGUUACCUGGUUUGAAAGAGCCGCAAUACCUACCUAAGGUUGCCUGCGCAUCAACUUGAUGAAUUGCAGGUAUACACAUCGUGUUGCGAACCCUAAUGGACCACCCCCCCGCGCCAGUUGGCUCAUCAAGAGACAGUCCAGCUCCGUCGAAGCGCGCUCGUGACUAUGGUGAAGAGCUGAAAGGCCUCAGCCCUGUGGCUGACGAAGGCAGCCCCGAGGAGUCAUUGCUUGCCUUCAAGAAACGAAGAUUGGCUUAUGACGGUGAUGCCAGUGGAAGCGACUCGGAAAGCUUAGACGACGGUGAAAUAGUGGAAUCACCAUCGGCUUCUCACGUUGCUUCACUACUUAACACCGCGCUUCCCCCUGGAACGCAUCUCGGGCCGGAGCCUUCGAACACAUUGAAUGUCUUAACCGAGGCGUCUCCUGCCCUCCUAGGGUCAAAACAAGACUCAAGUCGGAUCUCAGAAGCCAGCAAUGACAAGAACUCUGGGGGAGGAAAAGAAAACAGAGACACAUCUUUGGUGCCCAGCAAUCACAUACCGCCUUCUCUCCCCGGUUGGAAUCAUGGUAUUCCGUUAGGAACACGAACAACGUUUGCUACCAAGCCUGCGAUCUCUUCUCUUCGGACCUCGCCCACUGCAGUUACAAUACCAGACCAGGACCAGGACCAGCAGACUAUAAAGGAGAAGAAACGUGUUCGAUCACGCGAUCGCGUAACCUCAUUUGAGGCGAGCAACGCCACAUGGAAUUUCCCACUUGACUCCCCACAGGUUUCCACACCCAACAGCAAUCUUGAAGAUGAAGGUUUUUGGACUUUGCUUCUGAAGAGCUGGGUUGCUAAGUUAAUACAAGCAAAUGACAAAGUAGUGACUCACAAAGUGGUGCGAUCGGGGUGGUCACUAUAUUUCACCAAGAGGAUGGGGUACCUACAGGGCACAAAGAAACAAAUCAUUGCCGUGCGACUGGCCGCCCAAAACUUCAUGACUUCUCUUGAUAAGAACAAGAUUGAAGCCAUGCUAGCGGACGCGCGGCAGAUCAGCAGUGCAAAGCAUACAGUUGAAAUUGUUGAUACGAUGGACUCAGUGCCGUCUAACCGUGACGAAGACCCCACCCGCCAGUUCCAGCACAUUUCAAAUACCGAUGAUUCGGCUCAGCACCGUUCAUCAAGCACGGGAUCCAGGCACACCAUCCAGGACCAUGCCGAGCCAAGCUGCCGAUUCUGCAAUCGGGGAGGCCAUAACACCUUUGGCUGUCCGACACGGCGCAGAUGCGACAAAUGUCAUCAAGUUGGACACGGCGUCGAUGAAUGCCAAGAGAAACUCGCUUUAGCCACCGAUGAGCUAGGCGGGUGUGCGUUCUGUAACGCGGACCACUAUGAUCAGGACUGUUUAGAGAUCUGGACAAGCUUCAGACCUUCAGAUGCCAAUAUCAAAAGAGUGAAGAACAUCCCGGCGUUCUGCUAUGUAUGUGGUGGUGAAAAUCAUUACGGCUCUGAAUGCUCGCUUGCCAAUAAUGGCGGCAAAGCAACUGGUCAUACAACAUGGUCCAAAGAGAUUCGAGAUCUUUAUGUCGACCCAGAGUGCGAUGACGUUGCAAUAGCCUGGGCUGAUGCUGAUCUAGAGCAGCUUACGAGGAAAGGGUUCCAUAUUCGUGGACGGGCGACUAGAAAGAACCAUACAUAUUUUGUUUCGAGCGAGUCAGAAGACGAUCUCAUUCAUGCGCCCGUUGCUAAACCUCAGGCCCGGGGCGCAAUCAAAAUCGCUAGUAACAUCGGUGCUACGAAUGGCAAUUCACGUGGACGAGAUAACAGUCAUAAUUGGCAACCGCCUCUACCCCCGGGCCCCCCUCCGCCUCUUGUCGAAAGUGAGCAAAGAAGAUCGUUUCCACCCCCGUCUUCGGGAACCAUGCCAUACCAAGCUCAAACUUUUGCUCACGGUAAACAACAUGGGCGCGGGCGCGGCGGGUUUCACGGCCGCGGUCGGGGUCGAGGCAGAGGCAGAUCAAACAUGUACUAGAUAACCCUGCGUCCAAACGCCUUACUACCUCCAAUGCAGCAACAUAUCAUACCUACAAAUGUGAACGGUCGAAACUAGUCCAGUUGAUGAAGACUAUCAAGCUUCUAGAACUAAUGAGGAGGCUCAAUUCGCUCGGACUCACAGCCUUCAGCACAGUCGCUCACAGUUGCAUCAUUCCUCUCAUUUGUCUAAUGAGAAGAAAAGAAGUAUAAAGGUAUAUGAAUCUAGACGCUGAACGGCCAGUCGCUUCACCCAGGGGCAUGCAAACCCCAACACGCUACCUAGUAAGUGCUGGUAGUGGCUCCUCCAUGGGCCAUUCCAUGACCUUGUACAUAUUCGACUGUUAGGCGUUCUACCCUAUCUAAAUCUACUGCUCGUUUAAUUAAAUAGGAUUGAAAGGUACCUACCUACCUAGGUAGAAAGUUUUAAAGGCUAAUCUCGCCCGCCCACACGCGCGGCCUGAUGCCAACUCGGAUUGCAGUCUAUUGAAUCGUUACGAGUAAGCCUUGCGAAGAUUGAUAUAGAGUCUAGCAAUGUAAACCCUGGCGGUAACUACAUAUUACACACUCAAGGGCCCCCUUAAGAGGUACCUAGGUACAUAUCUAGGUAGGUACAUACAAUACCAAGGAGAAGAAAAAGUGGUCCUCAGCACAGACAAGC